GGGGAGCCCCCCUCCCAACCUUUCUGCUUCUCCCGGAAGUGGAGCUUCCACUCCGGAUUGCUGCUCUGCCCCAUAGCUGGGGGGGGGGGCGCUUUCGGAAAGGGGAGGGAGGAGGCAGGGGACCCCCCCCCCGUGGAUGUUGCAGAAAAGGAAAGGAGAAUCGGGAGCGAGGAGAAAGAGGUAAAGGGGUCGCGGGGGGGGAGAGGGGGGGUAAGGACCCAGAGACCCCCGCCAGCUCCCCCAAGCGCCUUCCGUGGGGCCUGGAUCCCGGCACGCGUGCUGCGAAGGGGGCUUUCCUCGCAGGGCGGACCCCUCACCCGUCUCCCCUGGCUCUGCGCGGAGAAAAGCGGCCCAUGAAAGGGUUAAGGGGCGCGAGAGACGCCUGGAUAGAGACCCCCCUGUCCCUCCCCUGCUUCUCUUGGGGGGGGCGCCUCUGGCUGGAGAGAUGGGGGCGCAGGACGUCGGGUGAGCGGCGCCAAGGUAGCCUCUGGAUGCAGGGGAGACUCCGGGAGAGAGGGAUGGGGUCAAGGAAAUCGGGGGGGGGAGGGAGAGGAGCAUCCCUGGGGCAGGGAAGGGCAGCAUUGGCGGCGGGGGGGGGGGAGAGAGAUCGCGUCUCCAUUGUGGCAGCUGCGGGGGAUCUCUGGUGGAAGAGCCAUGGCCUCUCUCUCCCGCCCAGUAAUCGACCCCCCCCCCGUUCAAGGCGACCAGAGAGGGAUCCCUGGAAAGUGGGGGGUCCUGUCCCCCCACCCUUCCUUCCUGCAUUCUCCAUCCUCUUCCUGCCCCAUAAGCCCCUGCCCUGUCCAGACACAGCGAUUCUGCCCAGUCCAACCAUUGGUCCCCUGGAGAGGAGAGGAAAUCCAGAGGAAGAGAUGUCAGUAUUUGUAAGAAGAAAACAAAAGCUUCUGGCCUCCCUUCGUCGCCUCAGCCUGGUCCUUGGGCCCUUGGCAGCAUAAAAGAUUAUUAUUAUUAUUAUUAUUACAGACGCUUCAGGUUACAGACUCCACUAACCCAGAAAUAGUACCUCAUGUUAAGAACUUUGCUUCAGGAUGAAAACAGAAAUCGUGCUCUGGCGGCGCGGCGGCAGCAGGAGGCCCCAUUAGCUAAAGUGGUGCUUCAGGUUAAGAACAGUUUCAGGUUACGAAUGGAACUCUGGAACGAAUUAAGUACUUAACCCAAGGUACCACUGUAUUCUAAAAAGUCUUUCUGCAAAAGCGACUGACCAACUGUACACACAUCAACACUGCCAGCUUUCACCAACCAACCCAAUACCAAACUAACAUUUCUCACUCUAUAUAUACAACCCGCAGCUUUUUAAGCAUUAAAGAAACAGCGGCCAAUUUUUAGCCGUGACAAGAGGGGAGGGGGGAGGCCUUCUCAGAAGCGGCUCUUGGUUUCCGCAAUCCCACCCAGGAAGCAGCCAGAAGCCUUUUCCUCUCUCUCAGGCUUCCAUCUUUAAGCGUCUUUUCCGCUGAGGAUGAGGAUAAUGUACACCUGUCAUCAGAAACAGGGGUGCAGAGUCCAUGGAAUGGCUCUCAGGAUUGAUACAGAAGUUGCACCUCAAAAGCAUUUCUGUUCCUCUUGUUCUUUGUAGCCAAAGUCAGAGUGACUGACAAGCUGAGAUGCAAUCCAUCAGCAUCCGAUGACAGCGACUGCACGUGACUGUCACGUGACAAAGACACAUGAGAGCAGAAGCAGCAAAGCAGGCUGGGAAGUGCAGGGACCGCACAGUCAUUUGGGCCUACUCAAUUUAUUCAGCCCUAACUGCUAACUGUGGAGUCAUUCUGACAUGUGACGUAGGAGCCAGUUGCACUUUGUGCUCUCUGUAAGAUUUCAGCAAGAGUCUGUCUGUCUCAGCCGUGAGCAGAGUCUGUAUGCAAUCUCAGUCAAACUGUUUGGAACCAUGCUGUUUAUGAAGAAGCUUAUUUUAAUUCAGUAAAGCUUUUAUUCUUUAAAACUCUGCAUUAUUAAUUUAUGCUGCGUGUCAUCUUCCCAGUCAAAGGACCCAUUUUCAGGAUAGACAGUGCCUGUGGCUGGAGGCUCUACACACCGGGUGUGCCUGUGCAGGCCAAAGACUGCCAGUAUUAGCACAGGUGAGGUGUGUGACCUCCCCAAAUUUACAGACUGUAGAUAAAUGAGAAGUCAUGGGUGGGAUUAUAUUUUACAGCAACCCUGUGAUUUUCUCCAGCCAUAACAUUUUGUGAGCUGAUAUAGCAGUACGAAUUCCAAAAUAACUUCUAAAAACCCCACAAGAUCAUCAUCAUCAUCAUCACCAUCGCAUUCAUACCCCCAGGCCUUAGUUUGCCUCCCCAUGAUCUAGAGAAAACACCAGCUUUGAAUCAUACAGAGUAAAACUACCAGAACCUUCUUGAACCGAUAGGUUAGGAAUUAUCGCUGUACUUAGAUCCGUACUUUUCUAUGCCUGAAAAAUGCAACCAUGACACUGGGAAUGUUCAGGGAUGCAGGAGAGGAUAUAUUGUUUGAUUAUAUCCUUUCCAACUUGUGUUAACAAGUUGUACAAUUUAUCAGAGUAACAUUCCCCUCUUUAAACUUACAGCGGAUGCAUUUGCUCAGGCUCGCUAAAGCCUCUAAACUAAGUUUCCUUGGUAAUUUCCACUUUAGUCCCUCAUAAAAAGAUAGACACGACACAGUCUUCUAUAAAAGUAUAAAAAGAGUUUACUCACACAUUCUGUUCACAAAUGGAUCCCAGAAGGCAGUGACCCACAGGCUGCACACCUGGUCCUUCAGGGGCACAGUUACCCCAUCAGGACCAGGAAUACCCCCACCCUCCCCCAGGGACAGUAUUUCUGACUUGUCAGGAUUCAACCUCAAUGUGUUAGCUGCCAUCCAUCAUCCAACCACCUCCAGACACUCACGCAGGACCUUCACCAUCUUCACUACUUCCGAUUUGAAAGAGAGGAAGAGCUGGGCAUCAUCCACAUACUGGUGAACACCCAGCCCAAACCCCCUGAUGAUCUCUCCCAGCAGCUUCAUAUAGAUAGUAAAAAGCAUGGGGGAGAGAAUGGAGUCCUGAGGCACCCCACAAGUAAGCAUCCAGGGGUCUGAACACUCAUCCCCCAAGACCACUUUCUGGACAUGGCCCAGGAGGAAGGAGGGGAACCACUGCAUAGCAGGGCCCCCGGCUCCCCUAGAGGGUCCAGAAGGACACCAUGGCCAAAGGUCUCCAAAGCCGCUGAGAAAACCAGGAAACAGCUUCCCCCUCAGCCUCUGGCCCGUUGGAGAUCAUCAACCAGCACAACCAGGGCAAUUUCAGUCCCAUGAUGAGGCCUGAAUCCCCAUUGGAAGGAUCAUGGCGGCAGGAGCUUUCUUGGUCCUGCACCCCCAAAAGCUCCAGCCACAAGACUUUCAUUAGCUUUCAAGGGGCCACAUGAUACACUGUGGUCUUUUCUUCGAAAAACAAAUAUUUUGAAUACUUUUACAGUGCCGUAUGAUGUAAAUAUGGGAUCCGGGUGGCGCUGUGGGUUAAACCACAGAGCGUAGGACUUGCCAAUCAGAAGGUCAGCGGUUCGAAUCCCCGUGAUGCGGUGAGCUCCCAUUGCUCGGUCCCUGCUCCUGCCAACCUAGCAGUUCGAAAGCACGUCAAAGUGCAGGUAGAGAAAUAGGUACCGCUCUGGCGGGAAGGUAAACGGCGUUUCCAUGCACUGCUCUGGUUCGCCAGAAGCGGCUCAGUCAUGCUGGCCACAUGACCCGGAAGCUGUAUGCCGCUGGCUCCCUCGGCCAAUAAAGCGAGAUGAGCGCCGCAACCCCAGAGUCGGCCACGACUGGACCUAAUAGUCAGUGGUCUCUUUACCUUUACCUUUAUGAUGUAAAUUUUGUUUCUGUUUCCCUUGUUCCACAUCGGAGAGACUUUGAUACACAGCUCUGAGCCUAUCUCCCCACUUGAAACUGCUGUGUUUGUAGCACUGCCAGCCUGGGCAGUGUGUUUGUGGGUCCUGGGCUGCCUAGCCAACAAGACCCCCUUCUCAGCCUGGCUGAUAUGGUCCCAAGGAAAGCAGAGCAGUACGUUAGGCACCAGCCUGGCUGCAGGAGUUGAAUGAAGAAGGUGUGCAGGACACCAUCCAACCAUCUUAGAGACUCCACUCUGAAAUUGUGUGGGUUUCCCUCCAUAGCCUUUUCUUCUCCUGAACAUAACUCACGAGGCAGUGAAGGUUUAGGACCAGAGUUUUCCUUCUCGAUGGGCUCCCUUCCCCGGUUGACGAUCCCAUCUGCCCUUCACUUUCCUCUUCCGCACGGGCAGAAUCUGCCUUCUAGACUGUGGGAUUCACUGUUCUUCUCCUCCUCUCCAUCCACCAGGGCUUGACUUCAGGUGCAGCAGAAUUCCCCAGCCCCCCAAGGAUUUGAGACCCAUCAGCUAUCCUCACCUGGUUUUGCCAGCCGGUUGAAGCCAUUCCUGGGAUUGUGGCCCCUGUUGCAUCCUGACAGCUUCUGGAAGGCACAGGUGAGAGCUGAGUGCAGGGUGGGGACCACCAAAGGUACUACCACUCCCAUGACACCUCAUGACAUCAUAUAAUAGCUAUAUUUGAGACAGAACCGGAAUAAAUUCAUGUCUCUAGAAAUAACACAACUUCAGGCCAUCAAUAAUUCAACACUACAUAUUCAAGGUUGAAGUUUUCACUAGUACAGUUAUCCAUUUGCCUUUAAUAUGCAGCUUUUCAGUGUCACUUUAGGAUGGGCUCGAGAUCAGGCAGCACAUCAUUAUUAUAAGGAACAGUGGGGGUCUGGGAUUCCAAUGUGCCAGCUGCUUUUCUUCUGCUUCUCCUGAUAGAAUCAUAGAAUCAUAGAAUCAUAGAGUUGGAAGAGACCACAAGGGCCAUCGAGUCCAACCCCCUGCCAAGCAGGAAACACCAUCAGAGCACUCCUGACAUAUGGUUGUCAAGCCUCUGCUUAAAGACCUCCAAAGAAGGAGACUCCACCACACUCCUUGGCAGCAAAUUCCACUGUUGAACAGCUCUUACUGUCAGGAAGUUCUUCCUAAUGUUUAGGUGGAAUCUUCUUUCUUGUAGUUUGGAUCCAUUGCUCCGUGUCCGCUUCUCUGGAGCAGCAGAAAACAACCUUUCUCCCACCUCUAUGUGACAUCCUUUUAUAUAUUUGAACCCAUAUGGCUAUCAUAUCACCCCUUAACCUCCUCUUCUCCAGGCUAAACAUGCCCAGCUCCCUUAGCCGUUCCUCAUAAGGCAUCGUUUCCAGGCCUUUGACCAUUUUGGUUGCCGUCCUCUGGACACGUUCCAGUUUGUCAGUGUCCUUCUUGAACUGUGGUGCCCAGAACUGGACACAGUACUCCAGGUGAGGUCUGACCAGAGCAGAAUACAGUGGCACUAUUACUUCCCUUGAUCUAGAUGCUAUACUCCUAUUGAUGCAGCCCAGAAUUGCAUUGGCUUUUUUAGCUGCCGCGUCACACUGUUGGCUCAUGUCAAGAUUGUGGUCAAGCAAGACUCCUAGAUCCUUUUCACCUGUACUGCUCUCAAGCCAGGUGUCACCCAUCUUGUAUUUGUGCCUCUCAUUUUUUUUGCCCAAGUGCAAUACUUUACAUUUCUCCCUGCUCUCUCCAUGCAAUGUGAGGCAUGUAGAUGGAGGUCCAUCUCCAAGAACAGGAGCUUCCCUGAGCACCCAUUCAGCUGACCCCAAGCACCAAGCCUUGUCACUAGUUCUCUGACUGACCCAGACCACAGUCCCUGGAGAAGAUGUAGACCUGGGUCUCCCAAAAUGGUCCACAUGGACCUCUUGUGGCCAAUGAGACUGUGCAGGUGAUUCAUAAAGAUCUAGAGGUGGAUGCAGGAUUAUGAUGCAGAGGAUGGGGAAUGUCCAAAGGAACGAUGGACCAGAGAAAGAGAGGGCCCGUUCACGGACAGUGAGCAGCUGCCUUUCCUGUGAGGAAACAAUUGAUUUGAAAAGGCUGUAUUCCAAGAUCAUGCUGCUUUAUUAACAAUGAUUGAGGAUUAUGAAAGGUGGUGAUGCAUUACUAUCAUUUGAUGACAUUGCCUUUUCAUUUCCAAAAAAUUGGGAACAUGGGUAGGAGGCGGGGGAAUGUAGGAGAUGUUGAUAUAAGACAAUGCUAAUGGCACUUGAUGUGUUGUCUGUCCCUUUGUUCUCUUUCUUGUAACCCAAACAGGAUUUUCUUUCUUCCCACUCUGAAGAAGGUGAUGGAGAAGACAUUCACAAUUGCAAGGAAUGGGGCACCUUUUGUUUCAUGAGGAAUAGAAAUUAAAAUGUGUGAAAUGUGGGAUAUGCUUCAUUGAAUGAGGACACAUAGCUCACAUCAAUGACUCCGAGAGGAGAAACCAUUUAAAGGUAUAGAUUGUGGGAAAAGUUUCACUGAUAGUGGAAAACGUAGAACACAUCAGCGGAUUUACAUGGACAAGAAAGGAUUACAAUGCAGGAAGUGUGGAAGAACUUCAGUCAGAGAGGAUUCCUCAAUAUACAUCAGCGGACUCACACAGGGGAAAAACCAUUUAAAUGCAUGGAAUGCGGGAAAAGCUUCCGUCAGAGUGGACACUUAAGUUCACAUCUACGGAUUCACACGGGUGAAAAACCUUUUAAAUGUAUAGAGUGCGGAAAGAGCUUUAGUGAUAGAGGAGACCUUAGAAAACAUCAACGGAGUCACACAGGGGAGAAACCAUAUAAAUGUAUAGAGUGCGGAAAGAGCUUCAGUCAGAGUGGAGACCUUAGAAAACAUCAACGGAUUCACACAGGGGAGAAACCAUUUCAAUGUAUGGAGUGUGGAAAAAGCUUCUGUCAGAGUAGACAGUUAAGUUCACAUCUACGGAUUCACACGGGUGAAAAACCUUUUAAAUGCAUGGAGUGUGGGAAGAGCUUCAGGCAGAAUGGAGAACUUAAAUUACACCAGCGAAGUCACACUGGUGAAAAACCAUAUAAAUGUAUGGAGUGUGGAAAGAGCUUCAUUCAGAGUGGGCACCGCAAUAUGCAUCAACGGACUCACACAGGGGAGAAACCAUAUAAAUGUAUAGAGUGUGGAAAGAGCUUUAGUGAUACUGGAGACCUUAGAAAACAUCAACGGAGUCACACAGGGGAGAAACCAUAUAAAUGUAUAGAGUGCGGAAAGAGCUUCAGUCAGAGUGGAGACCUUAGAAAACAUCAACGGAUUCACACAGGGGAGAAACCAUUUCAAUGUAUGGAGUGUGGAAAAAGCUUCUGUCGGAGUGGAUACUUAAGUUCACAUCAACGGACUCACACGGGUGAAAAACCAUAUAAAUGUAUGGAGUGUGGAAAGAGCUUCAGUCGGAGUGGACACCUCAAUAAACAUCACCAGACUCACACAGGGGAGAAACCAUAUAAAUGUAUGGAGUGUGGAAAGAGCUUCAGUCAGAGUGGACACCUCAAUAACCAUCACCAGACUCACACAGGGGAGAAACCAUAUGAAUGCAGGGAGUGUGGAAAGAGCUUCAGUCAGAGUGAUAGACUUAGAAUACAUCAACGGACUCACACGGGUGAAAAACCAUAUAAAUGUAUGGAGUGUGGAAAGAGCUUCAUUCAGAGUGGGCACCGCAAUAUGCAUCAACGGACUCAUACAGGGGAGAAACCAUAUAAAUGUAUGGAGUGCGGAAAGAGCUUCAGUCAAAAUGGAUACCUUAAAACACAUCAACGGACUCACACAGGGGAGAAACCAUAUAAAUGUAUAGAAUGUGGAAAGAGCUUCAGUUACAAUUCAGGCCUUAGAUCACAUCAACGGACUCACACAGGCAAGGGAAAACCAUAUGAAUGUAUGGCAUGCGGGAAGAGCUUCAGUCAAAAAGGAGACCUUAAAUUACACCAGCAGACUCACACAGGGGAGAAUCCAUUUAAAGCAUGGAAUGUGGAAAGAGCUUCAGUUUCAAUGCAAGCCUUAGAAGACAUCAACUGGCUCACACAGGGGGGAAACCAUUUAAAUGCAUUGAGUGCGGAAAGAGCUUCAGUCAGAAUGGAGACCUUAAAACACAUCAACGGAUUUACACAGGGGAGAAACCAUAUAAAUGUGUGGAGUGUGGAAAGAGCUUCAUUCAGAUUGGAAACCUUAGAAAACAUCAACGGACUCAUAAAGGGUGAAACCAUUUAAAUGCAUGAAGUGCGGAAAAAGCUACAGUCAAAGGGGAAAUCUUCGAAAACCUCAGCAGACACACAGGGAAGAAACCAUUUAAAUGUAUGGAGUUUGGAAGGAGCUUCAGUCCGAGUGGAACCCUUGAUUUACAUCAACAAACUCCCACAUGAGAGAAACCAUAUAAAUGUCAAGUAGACAGAGGUUCAGUCCUAGUGGAAGUCCUACAUCAACAGACUCAUGGACAGGAAGAACUUUUACAGUUGACACCCUACAAACCCAUCAACCCUCAAAGAGGAGAAGCUGUUUAAAGGGAAAGAUUGCAGAAAGUGCUUUAGUUAUAAUGGAGUGUUUAAGGAACAUCUAAGGACUCAGAGGGGAGAACCCAUUUAGAUGUAUGGAUUGUGGGACGUGUUCCUUUCAGAGUCCACUCUUUUGUUCACAGCAAUGAACUCAACUUAGCAGAAAAUCCAUUUUAAAAGCAUGUCAUGUAUUUAAAGUUCUGGUGUUUAUAUAUAAAAUUGUAUAGUAAUGAAAUAAUGAAGGUAAUGUCUCACAAUAGUGAGUAUAAUUUUAUUUUAUUUUUUUAAAUGAUAUUUAUUCCAAAUUUACAAUCACAGAAAAAAAGAAAAACCAUACAGAAUACAAAGAACACUUCGACCAUAACAGAGC